UCAAAUUUUGCGAGUAAAAUGUGUUCACUUCUCUGCGCCCGCAGCCAGCGGCAGCUCUCAUUCGCUCUCAGUCUCAAAGCAUUCUCUCUGCCUCUGCACCGGCUUUCAUCUACGGUGGCGCAUGUUUCGGAGGACGAUAAAGCUAAGGAUACUGCGGAGAAAAAACCCACUUUCGUUCACCCAUCUGCACUUGUCCACCCCAGUGCCGUUCUUGGAGAGGGAGUGGCGAUCGGUCCAUUCUGUACCAUUGGUGCUUCUGUGAAGUUGGGGAAUGCCUGUCAGCUAUACCCUGGGAGCCACAUCUUUGGAAAGACUAUUCUUGGGGAGAAUUGUACUUUGAUGACUGGUGCUGUGGUUGGAGACGAUCUUCCCGGUUACACCAUCAUUGGGAGCAAUAAUGUAAUCGGACAUCAUGCUAUUGUUGGUGUAAAAUGCCAGGAUUUGAAAUAUAAGCUGGGGAGUGAAUGCUUCCUCGAGGUUGGUGAUAAUAACGAGAUCAGGGAGCAUACAUCCAUCCAUCGAUCUUCAAAGCCUUGUGAUAAAACGGUCAUAGGUGAUAGCAAUCUUAUUAUGGGCUCUUGUCAUAUAGCUCACGACUGCAAAGUGGGUAACAACAACAUUUUGGCGAAUAAUACACUUUUGGCCGGGCAUGUUGUAGUCGAGGACUAUACCCACACUGCAGGAGCCACGGUGGUCCAUCAAUUUUGUCAUAUUGGUUCAUUUUCCUUCAUUGGUGGUGGCUCGGUGGUUUCCCAAGAUGUUCCAAAGUACACGAUGGUGUCUGGUGAAAGAGCUGAGCUUCGUGGAUUAAAUCUAGAAGGUCUUCGUCGCCGUGGAUUCUCUGUGAUGGAGAUAAGGAGUCUCAGAUCUGCUUAUAGAAAGAUAUUCAUGACAGCUGGUGCUGAUUCCGGGAGUUUUGAAGAUCGACUAGCUGAAGUGGAGCAGCAUGAGGAGCUGAUCCUUGUGCCAGCUGUUUCCUCUAUGGUGAAAUCUAUACGAGAUUCUUUUGUGGAGAGUCGUCGUGGCAUUUGCAAGUUCCGAACUUGGAAUGAAACUUAGCAUCUUUGCACUGUAAAUUGCAUUGCUCGUAUUUGCCUUAGGUGUAAAUUUUGGCUUGGUGGGAGCAUCGAGGUUUUAAACGAGACCAUCUUUACUACUUCUACACAAGGAAAGAUGGAAAGAUAACAUACAUGCGCCCGCUGUACUCGACACAAAACCCGAUGGCCAAUUGCCCAUCUGGUGUAGACAUGUUUAUCUCGAUCACAAUACAUAUCAGCGCGAGUUCAGAAAAUUGACAGAUCAAAGUUUCGAAGGACUUCAUGUAUCAUAUAAGUCUUCUUGGACAUACUUUUCAACAUCUUUAUUGUGAUCUCUAUGUGAAGGCGUUUUUAUUUCAUGGUUUUCAUAACAUUCGGCAUUGUUUCAUAAAAGCAAGGUUCAUUCUUGGCUUGUAGAUGACAGACAAGGUAUUUUCAUAGGAUUUGUGUGUGUUUCUAUGAUUCAAACCUUGGAACUUUCUUGGUGUUGUUUCUCUUAUGUUUGAUCUUGUGGAGCUUUAGAAGUUACUGUUU